AUGAAUAAAAUCUUCUUUUGGAGUGUUUUCUUGGCUUUUUCUGGAAGUAAAGCCUUAAGACCAUUGGAUGAAAUAAAUGCUGAAUUUGCAGUGAAUCUUUAUCAAGCCAUCAGUUUAUCUCAUAAAGACAAUAUUGUAUUUUCCCCUCUUGGAACAAUUUUGGCUCUUGGAAUGAUACAACUGGGAGCAAAAGGAAAAGCACAACAGCAGAUAAGACAAACUUUAAAGUUUCAGGAAACCUCAAAAGGAGAAGAAUUUUCUGUGCUGAAGUCAUUUUUCUCUGCCAUCUCUGAGAAAAAGCAAGAAUUUACAUUUAAUCUUGCCAAUGCCCUCUACAUUCAAGAAGGAUUCACUGUGAAAGAACAGUAUCUCCAUGGCAACAAAGAGUUUUUUCAGAGUGCCAUAAAGCUGGUGGAUUUUCAGGAUACAAAGGCCUGUGCAGAGACAAUAAGUAACUGGGUAGAAAAAACAACAGAUGGAAAAAUUAAAGAUAUGUUUACAGGAGAAGAAUUUGGUCCUCUUACUCGGCUUGUCCUGGUGAAUGCUAUUUAUUUCAAGGGGGAUUGGGAGCAGAAAUUCAAAAAAGAGAGUACGCAACUAAUGGAUUUUACCAAGAAAGAUGGUACAACUAUAAACAUUCCAAUGAUGAAGGCUCUUCUGAAAACAAAAUACGGUUACUUUUCUGAAUCAUCCAUGAGCUACCAGGUUUUAGAAUUGCCAUAUAAAGGUAAUGAGUUUAGUUUAAUCAUAAUACUUCCUGCUGAAGAUGUGGCCAUAGAAGAAAUGGAAAAAUUAAUUACUGCUCCUCAAAUCUGGAAAUGGUUCUCUGAGAUGGAAGAAGAAGAAGUAGAAAUAAGUCUCCCUAGAUUUAAAAUAGAACAAAAACUAGACUUCAAAGACGCUUUGUAUUCUUUGAACAUAACUGAGAUAUUUAGUGGUGGCUGUGACCUUUCUGGAAUAACAGAUUCAUCUGAGGUUUAUGUCUCCCAAGUAAUGCAAAAAAAUUUCUUUGAAUUAAAUGAAGAAGGCAGUGAAGCUGCAACUUCAACUGGUGUGAACAUCCCUGUUAUCAUGAGCUUGGCUCGAAACCAAUUUAUUGCAAAUCAUCCAUUUCUGUUUAUUGUAAAGAAUAAUAAAACAGAAUCAAUUUUGUUUAUGGGAAGAGUGACAAAUCCGGAUACCCAAAAAAUGAAGGGAAGAGAUUUAGAUUCUCUGUGA